AUGAAUCGUAGUCCAUGGAGAGAUGAAUUUGGUCCAGUAAUCAAUACACUUCGCAUUUUGGUACGCAGUCAAUUAGGCUAUCAAAUGCGACAUCUUGACUUCAAAGGUGAAAAUUGGACAUUCGAUAGAAUUUGCGAUCUUUUUGGACGUGUCACAACGGUUUCCGCAAGUAUAGGAGAAAUUACGAAACUUGCUACUAAAGGGAUAUAUCCUGGUACAGCAGGUUACACGGUACGAGAUACAGCUCUUAACAAUUCAUCGGGUCUUACACAUCAAAUUUAUCAUGAAGAAGCUGGACCUUCAAGCACUUCUGAUAAUAGAUCCUGGAAAAGCAACGACAAUGGAUUAAGCAGAAAACAAGUUUUCAAAAAUGAAGUAUUAGAUCUUAACGAUGUUCCAAGGAACGGUGCAAAUACUAUUUCGUCAGUACUUCCUCCGAAAUCAAAGUAUUAUGGACCACAUUUACCGGAAGGGUAUCAGUUGAAAGCUAUGGAAGUGGAAUCUUUAAAUACUAGAAAUCGAGAGCGCAAAGUACCGAGUUCCCGCAUAGCAAGACUUGCUCAAUUUGGCCAGCUUGGAGUCAGUCUCAUUAUGGGCGCAGCUGUAGAAGUAAGCAAGCGAACACUAGGAUUUAAUAAGCCUGCAAUUGCAUCAACAGAGAGUAUUGUUUCUGCCACCGGAAAUCCGUUCAUGACGGAAGCGAAUGCAGAGAAGAUUGUACGUACUCUAUGUAGAGUGCGUGGUGCUGCGUUAAAGUUGGGUCAAAUGCUCAGCAUACAAGAUUCGGAUUUAAUAUCACCAACGUUACUCAAAAUAUUUGAACGUGUUCGACACAGUGCUGAUUUCAUGCCAUUAUGGCAGGUUAACCGUCAAAUGUGUGAUUCAUUUGGUGGUGAUUGGCGUAAUAAAUUUGAAAAAUUUGAGGAUAUUCCCUUUGCGGCUGCAUCCAUCGGACAGGUUCACCAAGCCUGGCUGCCGAGUGGAGAGAAAGUUGCGUUAAAAAUUCAGUAUCCUGGAGUAUCAGCAGGCAUUGAUUCAGACAUUGAUAAUUUAGUAACAAUACUGAACUACGGGAACUUCUUUCCGACGGGUCUUUAUUUGGAAAAUUUCGCAACGGUGGCAAGAAAAGAAUUGAAAUUGGAAUGCGAUUACAAACGCGAAGCACGUGCUAUGAAAGAAUUCCAACGUUUGUUAGCGGAUGAUGAACAUUUUUAUGUUCCUAAAGUGAUUGAUAAUUUAAGUACAACACAUGUGUUGACAACAGAGUACAUGCAAGGUGUUCCAAUUGACAAAUGUGUGGAUGAGCCGCAGGAAGUUCGUAAUUACAUUGCUUCUAAAUUUAUCGAGCUUUGUCUCCGUGAAAUUUUCGUCUGGAGGUUUAUGCAGACUGACCCGAACUGGUCUAAUUUCUAUCUUGGCAAACAUCCGACUGCAAAUGGUCCAAGGUUAAUUCUUCUGGAUUUUGGAGCUUCACGUUCGUAUCCCAAGAAAUUUGUUGACCAAUACAUGAACAUUAUUCGUGCUGCUUAUGACAGUGAUAAGCACAAAAUUCUGGAAUAUUCGAAGAAAAUUGGUCUCUUAUCGGGAUAUGAAUCAAAGGUAAUGGAAGAUGCUCAUUGUGAAUCAGUCAGUAUUCUGGGUGAGACAUUAGCAUCAACAACUCCAUACGAUUUCUCGAAACAGAAUGUAACGAAAAGAAUUCACGCAUUAAUUCCUGUAAUGUUAAAACAUCGCCUGAUAUCACCACCGGAUGAAAUCUACUCACUGCAUCGAAAGCUUUCUGGAUCAUUUUUAUUGGCAUCUAAAUUGAAGGCAGUCGUUGCAUGCGGUGCUUUAUACGAACAGAUUUAUGAAGAGUACAAAUUUGGUGAUAAUGCCAGUGCAGAAGAGAUUAAUAUUGAUAAAUAA